AAAAUCAUGUACACAAAUCUUAAUUUGCCACUCCUCCUCUUACCUAAGUUUUCAUUAAGAUGGCAUCCAAACCUGGCAUACUAACUAAUUGGCCAUGGAAGCCUCUUGGGAAUUUCAAGUGGGUGAUUUUGACACCAUGGAUUGCACACAGCACCUACUCAUUCAUAGUGAACGAUCCAAAGGAGAAGGACUUAGCUUACUUCCUCAUUUUCCCUUACAUGAUGGUGAGGAUGCUGCAUGACCAAAUUUGGAUCACUUUGUCUCGCUAUAGAACUGCCAAAGGCAAAAAUAGAAUAGUUGACAAGGGCAUUGAGUUUGAACAAGUUGAUCGAGAAAGCAAUUGGGAUGACCAGAUCUUGUUCAAUGGGAUCUUGUUUUAUGUAGGUUAUAUGCUUAUUCCAGGGGCUUCUCAUAUGCCCUUGUGGAGAUUAGAUGGUGUGGUUAUCACUGCUCUUCUACAUGCUGGACCAGUGGAGUUUCUUUACUAUUGGUUACAUAGAGCACUUCAUCACCACUUCCUCUAUUCUCGAUACCAUUCUCACCACCAUUCUUCCAUUGUUACAGAACCCAUUACAUCUGUGAUCCAUCCAUUUGCAGAGCACAUAGCCUACUUUUUGUUAUUUGCCAUUCCAAUGUAUACAACUGUGAUCUCAAGAACAGCAUCCAUAGUAUCCUUUGCUGGUUAUCUCGCAUACAUUGAUUUCAUGAACAAUUUGGGACACUGCAAUUUCGAGUGCAUUCCAAAGGCCAUCUUCUCCACCUUUCCUUUCCUAAAGUAUCUCAUGUACACGCCAUCGUUCCAUUCACUGCACCAUACUCAGUUUAGGACCAAUUACUCACUGUUCAUGCCCAUUUAUGAUUACAUUUAUGGUACCAUGGACAAUACUACAGAGACCACAUAUGAAACAUCAUUGAAGAGAGAAGAAAGUUCACCGGAUGUGGUACAUCUAACACACCUUACAACCCCAGAAUCCAUAUAUCAUCUGAGGUUUGGAUUUGCUUCCUUAGCUUCCAAACCCCAAUCUUCUGAAUGGUACCUCUAUUUGAUGUGGCCCUUAACUCUUUGGUCUGUUCUAAUCACUUGGUUUUAUGGUCAAACAUUUGUUUUGGAGAGGAACACUUUCAAAAUGCUUAAUUUACAAUCAUGGGUUAUACCAAGAUUCCAUGUACAAUAUCUUUUCAAAUGGCAAAGAGAAACAUUAAACAAACUUAUAGAAGGUGCAAUACUGCAAGCCGAGUUAAGCAAAGUUAAGGUUUUAAGUCUAGGCCUUUCAAAUCAGGGAGAUUCUCUCAAUAAAUGUGGUGAACUUUACAUCAAAAGACAUCCUAAGCUUAAGAUAAAGAUUGUGGAUGGUAGCAGCUUAGCUGUGGCUAUUGUUCUUAAUAGUAUUCCCAAACAAGCAAGCCAAGUGCUUCUUUGUGGUAAACUUAAUAAGGUUUCGUAUGCCAUUGCUGAUGCUUUAUGUGAAAGGGGUACUAAGGUUACAACAAUGUACAAGGAAGAUUACGAGAAAAUUCUAUUAAGGCUCUCCACUAAUUCCCAGAAGAAUUUGGUUUUGCCAGGGUCCUAUACUGCUAAGAUAUGGCUAGUAGGAGACCAAUGUAACGAGGCUGAACAAAAGAAGGCACCAAAAGGAUCAUUGUUCAUACCUUAUUCUCAAUUCCCCCCAAAGAAACUACGCAAAGACUGCUUCUACCAUAGCUCACCAGCCAUGAUAGCUCCCCCUUCUUUAGUGAAUGUACAUUCUUGCGAGAAUUGGCUGCCAAGAAGGGUGAUGAGUGCGUGGCGUGUCGCUGGAAUAUUGCAUGCAUUAGAAGGUUGGAACGUUAAUGAGUGUGGAAACGUCAUUUUCAGCGUUGAGAAAAUAUGGCAAGCAAGCCUUCAACAUGGGUUUAGGCCAUUGAUGAUUAAACCCUUAGCUUCCAUUUUAAACUAG